UCAGUUAAUGUAUUCUUUAAAAGACAGCACACAUUUGAGCGGGUACCAAAAUAAUAUGAUAAAUCGUCAUGGUAAAAAGUGGAAAUUCAUUGAAGUUCCGGAUGAUAAACAAGAAUUUAUAAUUUCGUUAGAAGGUCAUGAAUUUAAUGUUACCAGAUUUAAUGGCCCUGCAAAAUUUGAAACUGAUGGAUGGCAUGGUUGGGAAAAUUGGUGUUUUGCUG